AUGAUAGACAACAGGAUCCUGGACCCUGGAAACCCUUUCAUCCCAGUAAAAGAAAAUGCCGACCUAACAGUCUCCUGCGUAGUGGACGACGGUAAUCCGAAACCGUCUCUAUCCUGGGAGCUGGCAUUGGGCUCGACAGCCCUGUUAGACGCCCCUGAGGUACCCUUGGAGGUCUUGAACCUUACUGAAACAGUUCGAGACCAAAAAGUCGGCGCAAGAAAUGACGCCAGAAUGGGGAGGGUUCUGAGAGCACAUCACAACGCAACCUUGACUUGUUUUGUGAAUCACGUAGCCCUCGAUCUGCCGCUCAAUGUUUCUGUGCUUCUUAAUGUUCAAUGUAAGUACUAA